AUGGGAAUUCUGCGGCGCAUUGCAGGGAGCUUGCCGCCAAAAGCGUCGGAUCCGCUUGAGGUCGCAGGGGAAGGAACGGAUCCCGCCCCAGAUAACGCAGACAACAGUGACAUCGCUGCCAAGGCAGGUGGAACUGGUGUUUCUAAGUGGUACAAUGGAAAAAGGGCUCGAGUGAUCAAGGCUAUAAUUGCUGCGGUUGCAGUGAUAGUGGUGUGCGGGGCUCGUUACAUUAUUUCAGGAAGGUUCCCACCGUACCUGAAGAGUUCACAACUGCUACUAGACGAUGCUUCACGCCUACCACUGGACGAUGUGAGCAUGCAGAAGUACAUGAUUGACUUCAAUGAAGCAGUGGAGGAGAUGGAAGAGGCUUUAUCCUCUGGAUCGCCCAUGUGGCAGGCCUUUCAACUACACUUCACACCGUCGCAUGAGGAUAGUCAGCAUCUCCCGGGAGACCCUCUGGAUAUUAUCAGAGACCACGUUGCCGAGAUGCAAAAGUGCGAAAUUCCAUCUGCUUCUUCUUUGCAGGCGCGGUGGGACUUUGCCCAACACCUGCAGCUAUUACGCAGCAUUUGCCGCACAGUGGCUCUUCGCUUCAAGGAGUUGGAAUUGUUCGAGACUGUGAAGCGGGAAUUCCGCGCGGCGAAUCCUUUUCUUGUUUCUGGCGGCGACGAGGAUUAUAGUGACAGUGACGCUCCUAUAGACUUUGAACAAGCAACAAAAUACGACUGGGCAGCUUCUACCUUUCUGAAAUCCUUCGGGCUGUUUGGGGGUGGUAGAAGACGAGUAAAUGUAACCUUAGCUAACAAACUUAGAGGGGCGUUGGAUAUUGAGAAGAUAUUUAACGACGCCAACUGGAACACGCGACAUCAUUUCAUGGAGUUUCUUCAACCGUUUGAAAGAGACGGCGCUUUCAACCCCGCUAAUGCCCCUGCCGAACACCAGAUUCCAUAUACUGGUGAGCCAUUUCGAACAGGAGCUUUUGCCCAAGCAGCUGCGCAGAUAUUCCGUGAAUCCGAUGCCAAUACGAAUUACGCAUUCAUACGAAAGCUGAACCAAAUUGCAGAUAAUUGGACGAACGAAGAAGUAGUGGCAGCUGCAGAGCAACAAGAGAAGGAAAACGCGGACAAUGCGCAAGACAGGCUGAAGACUAAGAGGGAACUUAUGCGACGGUUGUUAAGGCAAGGCAUACAGAAGGAUGACCUGGUGAUGAUCGCAUUGUUCCUUUUAUAG